ACAAGAAACUUUCUUCAGUAGUGAGUUGGCUUUCUGAAUUACCGCAGCAUAUUUAUUUUCCACUAUAAUUUAUAACUCAUUACACUUUUCGAAACCAUCCCAUUUGUAAGAAAAACAUUUUAUGUUAAUUAGCUAAACAGUUUGAUAACAUUGUCCCUAGCUUGAUGCUUAAUUUAACAAUUUUAUUAUCCAAACAUUACAUUUCGUGUCUUUAUUAUAACAUCGUACAUAUAUAUAUAAAUAUAUAUAAAUGCACCUUAUUUCACUCUGUGUUAGCAUGUUACUAGCUAAGCUGAAGGCUGAAGUUUCAGUUAGGCCGCAGUACCGUUAAUUAGCCGGCGCCAUCUUGUCUGUGACAGUAAAAUAUCCCCUGUUCAUCUUUCUUUAUGUUUUAAAUUAUCUAUUAAGAUAUGUUUAAUCUCAUUUUCAUGGCUUUGGCUUUUAUCUGUAUGGAGUUACAGAAACAUACAAGAAACUUUGAGUUUCCUCAGGAUUAAUUUCAGUCUUUGUGACAGAAAGAGGUUCAGUUUGAGACUGUGUAAAAUGACGGGUCGUGCACGAGCGAGGUCAAGAGGCCGAGCACGUGGUCAGGAGACCAUAGCACCUGGAGCGAGCCAGGCUCGAGAGCCUACACCAGCACCUGUCCCACCGACAGAGGGAGAGCUGGUGGGUAGGGGGAGGCAGAAGGGCACCCCAGGACCUUUUUCCGCAGAAGCUGUUCUGCAGAUUUCAGCCGGAUUUCAGCAGGUGAAGCUGGGAGAUAGAGGCGGACGCCGGAGGGAUUUUCAUGAUGCAGGGAUCAACACAAGGCAGGCGAUGGAGCACGUUAAGGAUUCAAAGACGGGGUCAUCUGGAGAUGUCGUACCAUUGACAGCCAACUUCUUUCGGAUCCUGUCCCGUCCUCAGUGGGUUCUGUAUCAGUACCAUGUGGACUACAAACCGCAGAUGGAGUCUCGUCGCCUGAGAUCUGCUCUCCUCUUCCAUCACGAGGAGACACUUGGUUCAGCGCGAAGCUUUGAUGGAGCUCUGCUUUUUCUGCCCCACAGAUUGCAGGGCAAGGAGACUGUGCUUCACAGUGAGACAAAGCAUGGAGAGAAGGUUCAGAUCACUAUCACUUUGACGAAUGAACUGCCACCUUCAUCUCCUGUGUGCAUCCAGUUUUACAACAUCAUAUUCAGAAGGAUCCUGAGAAUUCUCAACAUGCAGCAGAUUGGACGCAACUACUACAACCCCAAUGAUCCACUCAACAUCCCACAGCACAGGCUAACCAUCUGGCCGGGAUACACCACCACCAUCCUGCAAUACGAGUCAGCCAUCAUGCUGUCUACUGACGUGAGCCACAAGGUGCUGCGCAGUGAGACGGUCCUGGACUUUAUGAUCAACCUGAGGCAGCAGUGUGGAGGCCAACGCUUCCCUGACGCCUGUUCCAAGGAGCUCAUCGGACUCAUUGUCCUCACCAAGUACAACAACAAGACCUACAGGAUUGAUGAGAUUGCAUGGGAUCACACUCCUAAAAACACCUUCAAGAAGGGAGACUCGGACAUUUCCUUCAAGAACUACUAUAAGAGUCAAUACAACCUGAACAUCUCUGAUGACAACCAGCCGCUGCUGGUCAGCCAUGUGAAGAGGAUGGGCCCUGCUGGAGCACCUCCUCCUGGCCCCGCCAUGCUCAUCCCAGAGCUGUGCUACCUAACAGGCCUGACUGACAAGAUGCGAGCUGACUUUAAGAUCAUGAAGGACCUGGACCAUCACACCAAACUGCUUCCAGAUCAGAGGGAGGACCGCCUCACCAGAUUUGUGUCAAACAUUCAGAGGAAUGCUGAUGCACAGGCGGAGUUGGAUAAGUGGGGACUCAACUUUGAUAAGAUGCUCCUAAAGCUGAGUGGCAGAAUCCUCCCAAGGGAGAGGAUUGCACAGGGAUCAAGAUCGUAUGAAUACAGUCAAGCACAGGCUGACUGGAGCAAGGAGAUGCGUGGGCUACCUCUGAUCAGCUCUCCUCCACUGAACAACUGGUACAUGUUUUACACCAGUCGCAACAGCAACGAAGCCCAGAUGCUCCUGCAGAACAUCAACAAAGUCUCAGCUCCACUUGGUAUCCGCACACAGAGACCUGUCAUGAUCGAAUACGAGGAUUAUCAGGAGUCCCUGCUCAGACUCCUGCAGCAGAAUGUUGGACCUGAGACACAGAUGGUCGUGGUGGUCCUCCCCACCAACAGGAAGGACAAGUACGACUGCGUGAAGAAAUAUCUUUGCGUGGACUGCCCCGUUCCCAGCCAGUGUGUGGUUUCCCGCACCAUCAGCAAGCCUCAGACGAUCCUGACUGUGGCUACCAAGAUCGCUCUGCAGAUUGUAUGCAAGAUGGGAGGAGAGCUCUGGAGUGUGGAAAUCCCUCUCAAGCACCUGAUGAUCGUAGGCAUCGACUGCUACCACGACAUUUCUGCAGGGAAGCGGUCGAUUGGAGCUCUGGUGGCCAGUCUGAACAACAGCAUGAGCAGGUGGUACUCAAAGUGCGUGCUGCAGCACAAAGGUCAGGAAAUCAUGGAUGGACUGAAGAUGGCCCUCACUGGUGCACUGAAAGACUAUCUGAAGUUCAACAACUGUUUGCCAUCACGCAUCAUCGUGUACAGAGACGGAGUGGGAGACGGCCAGCUGCACAGUGUGGUCAACUACGAAGUCUCACAGAUCUUGGAAUCCAUCAAGUCCAUGGGACACGACUACGUGCCCAAGCUGAGUGUGGUGGUGGUGAAGAAGCGCAUCAGCACCAGGUUCUUCGCCCAUUUCAACGGCAAGGCGACCAACCCACCGCCAGGCACUGUCGUCGACACAGAAGUCACCCGCCCUGAGUGGUAUGACUUUUACAUUGUGAGCCAGGCUGUCCGCCAAGGAAGCGUCUCCCCGACCCACUACAACGUGGUGUACGACACCAGUGGACUGAAGCCUGACCACAUGCAGCGUCUCACCUACAAGCUUUGUCACAUGUACUACAACUGGCAGGGGAUCAUUCGAGUGCCUGCUCCAUGCCAGUACGCCCACAAGAUGGCAUUCCUGGUGGGUCAGAGCAUCCACAAGGAGCCCCAUUCAAAACUGGAGGACCUCCUCUACUAUCUGUAAGGACGGAAAGACGAAGGAUUGAUCGACUCAGACUCGUUAAGUUACCUUGAAAUAUACGUACGUCUGUAUGUCAACCUUUGUUGGGGAAGUUCUCCUUAGUUUAAGUUUGUGUAUGUUAGGUUUUCUGGAUGCUAAGAGUUUGUUUCUAUUUCUAGCACCAGUUUAGUUCAGAUUAAGUGUGUAUUAGAUUAUGCAGUUUGAGGUUUCUUAUAACUGUAUGAGGGCAAUGACAGAAACUUGAUGUGUCUGUGUGGUUUCCUGUUAAAAGUGCAGCUGAGGAUGAACAAGGUAAAGUGGAUAAAGAUGUUCAGAGUGAAAUGUAACCAGUAUUUGAUCUGUGUGUUUAACUUAGUUGAGAUAUCAUGCAUGUGAGUGCAUUCAGGUCAUUAUCAACAAGUCAUGUUUAGUUUGUGUUUUAAAUGGAAAAAUACCAAAAGAGAACGUCUCUUUUAUAUAUGUGAACCUUUAAAAUAAAUAACAGGAGCCUCCUUGUGAUUUGGGGACAUUUCUAUACUCCAUAUUUAGGAGUAAGUGAUUCUAUAUUUCAGUUAUUUCAGUAAAUGUAAAGAUCCUGCUGUUGCUUCUCUGCAUGUGGUUCAAAUAAACAUUUGUGUUGUACA